AUGCAAAGAGUUCGCGAACGAUUAGAAAUAAAUCCAAAUACACCCCAAUUUGGAUCAAACGAAAAUGAUUUGUAUACUUUCGAGCGUGGUUUCUGUCAAAGCACUGGUAGUGAACGAAGAUCUCCAACAUCUUCAAUCAAUCUCAGUGCUGAUCAAACGAGACAAAUGAUAUCAAACCAUUCGUUUAUGAAAGUUGAAAAAGUAUUAUUCACAGAAAAGAACAAUUUAUCAGUUAAAGAAUAUAUUGAUCCGCUAAUUCAAUUGCACACAUCAUCAGAUCGAGUUUCUAAUCUUCGAAUCUUGGAUAGAUCAAGCUCUGAAAUUGCCAACUUGCCUGUGAGUAGUUGCAAAUGGAUAUCAGAACAAUCUGGAACCGGUCGAGAUACAAUUGAAACACCAAUGGGCAAACUCAUUGUUCUCUAUGGUGAUCUGUGUAUGGCAUUUAUGAAAUACGUUCGUGACACUUUUGAGACAGCAGUGGAAUAUUCAGCUGAACAUUCAAUCGAUAUUGGAAAGAGGUUUAUUAAACAGCUUCGUCAUAUUUUACAGUUAGAUCAAUCUGAUAAUUCAACAACAAUCAUCCAAAAUAUGUUGAACGAGGAUAGACAAAUAUUGCGUAAUUAUGAAAAUAAACUUAUCCCAGUUGUGUACGUUAAACAAAUCGAAAAUAAUAGUGAAUUAUUACAAUUAUUGAAAGAAUAUGUUAAAUAUCAAUGGGGACAAUUACAAACAUGGUUUCGUUCAUUUAUUGAUCAACAACGAAAUGAAGCACCCGAACUCUACGAUCGUAUUUUAAUUCGUCAAGCUGAAUAUGGAAAAAAGUAUCUAAAUGAUUGUCCUUAUCUUUCAUUGGCUAUUCAAUUUUUAUACGAAUUAGAUGAAAAUAAUAUUGAUAAAUUAAAUGAAAUUUGGCAUGAUUUAAUUACAGAUGGACGACAAGCAAUUCGAAGACAUGCUAAUUAUUUUAUUCCACAGGUUUUAGAUGAACAACUAUCUAGUAAUACGAGUGGUAUAUUACUAGCAUUAAAAGAUUAUUUUCGCAUUCCAUUAACAGAUAUUUUAAAAGAAAUUCAACAGGCAGAUAGAAACAAUCUAUAUUCAAAAAUUUUUGAUAUCAUGGCAGAAGAUGGAUGGCGGAGUAUAAAUAAAUGUCAAAGUUUAUUACCACCAAUUAAAUUUAAAGUAUUAAGAGAACAAUUCGAAAAACGUUUUUCACCAAAUUAUUUAAUGAACAUUCGAUCAACAACAUCAAUAUUAUUUGUUACAAAUCCUGAACAAGCAACAACAGAACGUUUAGUGUUGCGUGAUUGUGUUGAAAAGUCAUCAUUGCGCUUGACAGAUUUGAUACAAGCUGGUGAAUUAAACAAUGAGUGA